CAAAAUCAAUUGCACCAAAAAAACAAUCAUUAAUAAAACAAAAAUCAAUACAAAAGAAACUGACGGCAGCUAUAAAUAAAAAUAUUGAACAAGUAAUCGCUUCUAGAGCUGAAUCUGUUGGUGGCGGUCAAAAAUUUAAUAUCGUAAAACUAAUUAAUGGUAACAAUAAUAAAGAAGAAAAAAGUAAAUCAAAAAAAUAA